UCCCUGGGCCAUAUCACCGCGGCGACUCCGCCACGGAGGAGAUGCGGCGCACCGACGAGCGCAAGCUAGAGAACCUGGCCUACGCCCUCCAAGACGGCGGGCCGUCGGUGGAAGAGUACAUGGAGGCCAUAGCGUCCGUUGAGGCCGACGCCAGGAGCCGCUACGACGGAGACGUCGCCAUGGAGUGGGGCGCGUUCUGCAGGAUGCUACUGCUCGAUGGGUUCCAGCUGAUUACAGUGCUCAAGUUUCUCGGCUAUGAGCCGCCGCCGCUUCCACCUCCAGCUCCAGGGUGCAGCAGCAACAACAAUGGACAAGGGAACUGCAGGCCGAGGACCAGCGUUGUCAUCAGUAUCGAACAUGACUUGAUGAUGCUGGAGAACCAGAUACCAUUCUUCGUCGUCCAGAGGAUCCACCGCUUGCGAUACGGCAUUGGUGGAAAUGGAAUGGACACGGUUGAAGAGCUAGCCUGGAGGACCAUCAAAAGAAUUAUGAAUGACGCCCCGGCAGCGACCAGCUUUCCACCGGCGAAGUGCCACCAUUUGGUACAUCUGUGCCAUGAAUACUGAGGCCAAGCAACCUCGACAAGUCACUAGGCGCAUGCGGUGAUUAUGGAAGAUUCCGGCGAGCCAUCGAGUACCACGAGGCCGGUGUCAAGUUCAGGCGGUUGAACAGUGAAGCGGACGGCAGCUCGCGGCGCCCCUUGCUGGACGUGACCUUCUCCGACGGGGUGCUGAGGAUGGCGCAAGUGAGGGUGGACGAGAGGACCAAUUACAUCCUCCGCAACGUCCUCGUUUACGAGCAGCGGUACGACGACACGGCCACCAGCGGCGCCACCAGCUACGUGACGGCGUAUGUGAUGUUCAUGUCGCAGCUGCUGGGCGGGCCGGAGGACGUGGCCCUGCUGUCGCGGCACGGGGUCAUUGAGCACCACCUGGGCGACGACGCCGAGGUGUGCGCGCUGUUCCGGGGGCUGGCGCAGGGGCUCGUCUUCGACCCGUCCGGCGGGCACUACCUGAGCACGGUGGGCGUGAGGCUGCGGUCGCACCACCGGUCGCGCCUCAACCGGUGGCGUGCCUGGGUCAUGCGGCACCGCUUCCGCAACCCGUGGCUCGCCGUGGCGUGGGUCUUGGGCUCCAUGGCCGUGCUGGGCACCAUCGUCCAGACUGUGAUCACUCUGCUUCCCUACGUGCAUCAUCAAGGACGCACGCGCAACAUCGGAAGCUAGCUAUACACGAGUAUUCUCGUGAAUUCGUGAUAUCGUGAUCACUCUGCAUCCCUACGUGACUCAUCCCCUACGUAGUUUAAUUUUCCUUCAUAUGCUUCCUCUGUUGAUUCCUCAUAUUUGAGAGUGUCCCUAUCCUCCCUCACCUCUGGCCAUCGAAUCUCGUUUAUCGUCGAUCACAAUACUGACUACGAUCUUCAAAGAGUCGCAAUUGGCGGCGCUUUCCAGUCGCAAAUGUCGGGUGUGUAGGACUUCGAGCCGCAGCCAGACACCUAGCAGAUGUGCACCCAACAUGAUGAAUUAUUGUGUGAGGCGUGAUUGGCCACUAGUAUCGGUUUAUUUCAUGGCACGAAGCAAAAUGGCGGGGCAUUUUGGUAAA